AUGUCACAGUUGAGAGGUACAAAUUAUCUCAAUGACAGGUGCGAUGUAUGUGAGAGGACGUUCAGUCAGAGGCGGUCACUAGCUUACCAUUACCAGAUAGCACACCCAGACACAACCGUUUGCACCGUUUGUCUGGAGAUUUUUGGCAGCCAGGAGGAACUGCAGGACCACCAGACUGUACACAAACAGCAACAGCUCAUUUCCUGUGACCAGUGUGACCAACAGUUCUCUCGGCGACAGCAAUAUCUUGCACACUUGAAGGAACAUGAAAAGUACAAGUGUUUGAACUGCAAUGAGAGUUUCUCAGCGAAGAAGAGGGCUGAGAAACAUGCGAGAGAGGGCCACGAAGUUAGUGGACUGGAGUUGCAGCUGCAGUGUGCACAGUGUGGGCAGAUGUUUUGCUCCCAGAAGUUACUCAAGAGUCAUACUGAGCAGUAUCACUCAGGUAGCAAGUCGCUGACGUGUGAUAAAUGUAAAAGAACUUUCAAACAUGAACGUUACUUCAAGAGUCAUUUGGAAACAGAAGAACAUCUUCGUGGGGAAGAGCCAAAGGCUAUUCUCGUGUGUAAAGAGUGCAAAAAAACUUUCACUAACAAGAGCAAUCUGAGAAUCCAUAUCAGUAGGAUGCACAGAGCAGACUUGAAGGAACAUGCUUGUACACUUUGCCCCUACAAGACCAAGGUGCAGACGAACUUGAAGCGACACCUAGCGUUUCACUUGGAGAAACCACAGUUUAUCUGUGAUAAAUGUGGUGCACAAAUGCAGUCCAAGAAUGCACUUCAUGAACAUCACCAGCUGGUUCACAAUGAAAAUAAGUACUUCAGCUGUGAAAAGUGUGGUAAACUGUUCAGCCGAUCUUCUGAUCUUAAAAGACACUUGUCGAACACCCACUCGGACACACCACUGUAUGCGUGUCAUUGCGGCAGUAACUAUACUACACUCAGCAACCUGAGACGUCAUCAGUUUCUGAGCCAUGGUGAAGUCGAUAUCAAACAGAAGAGAUUGAAAAAGUUGUUUCCCUCUGAGAACAAAGACCCACCAAAGAAAAAAGUAAAAAAGGAAAAGGUCAAAAAGGAAUCAGUUCCCUCUAAUAGUGAAGAACUACUGAUAAAACCGGACAUGUCUGAUAUUCCCCCAGCUAUUCCAGAAACGAAUACAGUGGUAAUGAUGGGAGAUCAACAUCCAGAGGAGCUUCUACAAGUGGCGUACAACAUGGAUUUUGCCAGUGAUGACAAAUCUCAUGUUGUGUACGCUCAGAAUCUAGACAUGAGCAAUCUACAUGUGGUGGAGUCUAUGAUUCAAUUGGAUGGGGACCCGGACAAACAGGGAGCAAGUGUGUUGAUUAAUGUGAGAAACGUGUUUGCAAACGAUUACAUGAUUCCUGCUACGAUGGAGACCUCCAUUGUAAAUCCUUUAGGGGACACUUUAGCUGAUACUACACACCAUAUUGCAGUUAGCCAUCAUAAGGCAGACGUCAUGUCUGGUUUACAAGACUAUAUUAUUCCUAAUGAUCUUAACUUCUUAUAGUAGUUUAUUUAUGAAGUUAAUACAGGACAUGCAAUGAUUUGGAAUUCCUAAAUUAUUGGAAGGUCUUGGAAUUUGUACAACAUGUAAUAUUAGUCAUUAUGAGUUUUUAUUGUUUGCCGCACUAUAAUGUCUCAUUUAUUGAGGCAACAAACAAGAAAACUAGUUCAGAAAUAAUGUCCCUGCAAUUCUAAUAUGCACCAAUAGAAAGUUGGUGUUAUAUUUCUGAGCAUAAAUGAGAUUGGGCGUCAAGAUACAUCCUUGUUGCCAAAUUUUAGAUUAACCCAUGCCAGUUCCCACCUAGUUCUAGAAAUCAAGCACUUCAUAUUAUGCAUAUAAUAUUAUAUAUUUUACAUGAGUCUACAUUCACAAAAACACAAGCAUGCACAUGUGCAUGUGCGUGCACGCACACAGUCUAAAUAAUCAUGUAUUUUUCAUUUUUAUAAUAAAUUGAAUUAAGUAGUGAAUUUAUAGUGAAUAAUUAGUUACUUUCUUAACUAUAUUUUUCUAGAAGAAGCUAUUGUAAUUUGUAGAGCCGGCCAAACCAUGAAAAAAUUAGAAAUUCUUAGGCAUAAAACACCAAUUAAAUUUUGUAUGCCAAUGGGUUAAAUGCAAUAGAGAGCAGAGUCCAUUCUCUUUUUACAUUGUAAUUUUACAAAUACAGGGCGCAAUUGAUAAGUAAUAAGACUUUCCACGCGCAAUGUCUGGCAAGAGGCCAUAAAAAUCAGGUGGAGGGGAAAAUGAAAGUUGUUUUGGCAGUCGGUUCAAAUUUGCCACUGGCGAAAAUGCAGUGAUCGUUGGAACAGCGUUAUACAAUAAAAUUUUGCGUAUUGCUCAACAAACUUUUACCAAAACCCAAAGAGGCUUACGAGGAUCAAGUUUUGUUCAGGGCCCAGGUAAAUGUAUGGCACAGGGCGUUCAAGGAAGGCCGAGAGAAUGCCGAAAACAGACAGCUACCCGUGGGGCCUUCGACGACGCAAACAGAGAAAGACGUGAGCCGGGUUCGUGAAUUUUUGAACAUUGACCAUUGUGCUAGUCUCCGUGAGAUUAGAGAGGAGUUACAUUUAACUUAUUAAAAUGUGCGGGAAAUCGUAACCGAAAAACUGGUGAUGCAGAAAGUAGGCGUGAAAAUGGUCCCAAAAGUAUUGACUGAUGAGUAAAAGCAAUUGCGUAUGCAACUUUCUCGUGAAGUGUUGGAAAGUGACAAACAGAAUGACUCCUUGGACGUACUAUCACUGGUGAUGAAACUUGAGGUUUUGAGUACGAUCCAGAGAGCAAGAAACAGAGUACACGAAAUCGUCACCAUGAUCCAAGAAGGCGCGCAUGUCGAAAUAUAAGGUUAAAAGCAUGCAUGCUAAUCGUGUUUUUUGACUCUCGAGGCAUUGUCCAUAAGGAGUUCAUAUCUCAAGGAAACACUAUGAACGCGGCCUUCUACAAGGAAGUGUUCCUUCGGCUCAAAAACGUGUCGCCUGGUGUCAGCCCGACAUGGUCAGCAAUUGACUCCAUCACGAUGAUGUGCUGGCGCACACUGCCUUCCUCUGCACCUCUCUACUGGUCAAGAUGGGAGUUCCGGUGCUACCCCACCCUCUCUACAGCCCAGAUGUGUCCCCCCCCAGACUUAUUCUUAUUCCCGCUCGUUAAAAUGAAGUUGAAGGGAAGGCAUUUCAACUCCAUCAGGGCAAUUCAAAAAAGCUUUGACGGACGAUCUGAAGGCGAUCCCGGAGGAUGUUUAAAAUAUGUUUCCAGCAGUGCAAGAACCGCUAUCAGCAGUGUGUUGACGCACAAGGGUCCUAUUUUGAGUAGUAAUUAGUUGUAUGAUCCAAAAAGUUCAUUAAAACUGCCUAAAAAAAGAAGUCAUUACUUUUCAAUCACACCCUGUAAUUAACUAAACAAUGACCAUAAAUGAGCUAAAACCAUGGUCAAUCUAAAGACAAGCGUUAAAACCAACGAUUUUGGUCGAUUGAUGGUCAAACUCUCUGUAAUUCACUUUAUUUAAGUCAUAAGCAACUUCUAAUUCAGUAUACCCUCUUCAGUGAAUCUUCACACAUGUUCAUUGUGAUCAGUUUGUGGUCACUCAGUGCAGUGGUGAGUGGUGGGAUGGCUUGGCUUGCUAUAAGGCCUAGCACUGGACCUUUCCAAGUGAACCAGACACAGCUGUAAACUGCCGUCUCAAUCUUGCCCUCUUAAACAUUGUCAUUCGGGCUAUGGCCAGGAGAAGUACCUACUGUCUUCAGCAGGUGGAACUUAGUUCAGCCUUAGCUGCAACAGUGGGAAAUACAAAAUUAGCAUCCUGAUUCAAAGGGAUGAUUUUGCAUACAAUCUCUGAUCAUAUGCCUCAAAGAUUUUCUGUCAACAAACCCUUUAGGGUUUUGAUACAUUCUAGGAAGGCUUAGUCGAAGGGAAAGAAACCUCUUCCACUAGUGGAGCUUAAAUACCACUAGCGGAGCUUGAAUAGUUUAUGGAUGGCUCUAAAACAAAAAGUGGAAAUGAGACCAUGCACCAUUUGGGAACUGGUGGUCCCUAUGCGUUCUUAUCCAAUGGUUUUUCAGGCAGAAGUCAGCCAUUAUGGAAUGAGCUCGUGAGAAUCUUCGUCUGCAGUAUAGAAGCAAGAUGAUUAGCAUUUUCACAGAUAGCCAGGCAGCAUUGAAGGCGUUGGACUCAUGUGUUCAACUCCAAACUUGUCUGGAAUUGUUAUCAAGUUAUCCUCCCCUUGGCAGAAUCAACAGUGUGACUGUUUGCGGGUUCCUGGCCAUGAGGAAGUCUCUAGGAACGAAAGAACAAAUGCCCUUGUCAACUUAGGCUCAGUAUCCAACAUGACAGCACCUCAACCGUUGUAUUAUUUCUAGGUAUGAAUCAUAUAGGGCUGUCUCGAAGUGGGUUCACACUGAACUUGAGCAAAGGUGGAACUAUCCGAAUCUGAGAAUGAAUAGAUUAUUCUUGCAGUCACCUUCCCUAAGGGCGACAGGUAGAUCACUGCCUUCUCAGGUUGUUGAUCUAAUAACAGGAUAUGAUCACCUACGGAAGCACCUCACAGAGUUGGCGUUAUCCGGGAGGAUCUGUAGAUUGUGUAACAGGCAGAAGGAAACUGCUGAAUGCCUACUCUUUGAGUGUCCUGCAAUAGCAACAGAGUGUUAUGCUAUCAUUGCUAGUUAAGACAAUGGUGGAGAAUUACCCCAGGAGAACCUGAUCGAUUGUUUUCGGUGGUUUGUAGAAUUGCUGAAACUGUAAUCUGGCUGGUCUUGUAGAAUAAUUCCCAGGUGCACAAAAUCCUCAUAAGGCUUAAGUGCAUGGCAACAGGCCGCUCCUAAGAAGAAGCAGAUGAAUCAGUCAGUGCUUCAGUUAAUCAAAAAGUGAGAUUAGUUAUUUAUUUAUAAUUAUAAUGGCAGUAAGUCAAGUAAAUAAGUAAUUCUAGUCGUGAUAAAGAAUGUAUAAUCUACAAAAAAUUAAAAUGUGAUAGAAAUGUGCAGGUGCUAUACUAUUUUCUGUACACUUCUGCCAAUUUCGGCUGACAUCUUAAGUAACAGCAGAAUGGGAGUUGCGCGUGAAGGGCUUUAUGGGAAAACCUUGUCGAGAAUGUAAGAGGGGAUGUUAGCUUCUAUUGACUGUUGAAUGUAAACAAGUACACCUGAUCUUUAGCUCCAAUAGCAUUCUUCUGCAUUUUCUCUAGUGGUCAAGAGUGUAUAAGGAGGUAAAUAAAUAAAUACAUUUGAAUUUAACAUAUUCCAAAAGACCUUGACUUGUGAUAACAUCUAAGUCAAUGCAUCAACAUAUUUGGUAAAAUGUUUAAUUUUUGUAUUUACAUUGUAUUCAAAUUCAUUUUAAAAGUUAUAGUGCUAUAUUAUCUGUGGUAAUAAACUUUUUUAUCUGGUUAGUAUUGUUAUUCUAUUGUUUCAUCCUAAAAAGUAAUGAUUCAGCACUACAUGAUAGUUUAAUGAACUAAAAUUAAUUAUGUAAAACUUUAAAAAAACCAUCUAUAGGAAUUUCUUCUUUCUCAAAUGGGAGAGUUAGCACUAAAUUCGAAAUUGAACUGGUGAUUUUACAAUUUCUAAGUGGUAAUUUUUCUAUAUUUCCUUGUACUAACUAUUUAAUGGAGGUUAUUUCUUAACCUCCAGCCUCUCCUGCAUCUAUCUCCUCUCCACAUUUAUUGAUGAUGAAGCCAAACUACUCAUCAACUUUACUGCUUCACAAUUUUUUUCACAGACAACACUGGCUCAGUGUCUCCUCAUGCUUUCCAUUCCUCUACCUUCAUUGCCAUAUCCCUUGUUCCUAGUGUCACAUGUAUAUUUGGCCUUCCUUCUUUUGUGUUCCCAAACAAUGGAGGGAAAGAAAUAUGGAUCCUUUUUCUUAUUUUUUGUCUCUUUGUUGUCUUUAUUAAGAUAAUUUUUUUGGCAACAUUGUAGACCACAACCAACAAAAAUUACCUCUUGGGGCAUAAUAAAUUUCUACCCUAAAUCUGAUUGUCAUAAAGGAUUGUAAUGAUAAGUGGUACUUUACUGUUUGUUCACAUUACUUUUAAUUCGAUAAUUACCAGUUUACAGUUGUUUAAAUGAUAAUGUACACAAGAAUGAUUUUUGUAUUUUCAUGUUGACUAAUUUUGUCAAUAGUUUAUCGUGCUGGGAACAAAAUCUUGAAAUAACAACUGGUUUUUUUAAAAUUUAAAUCAUACAAAUUGUUAAAUACUCUAACAAAUAUUUAUUUUUAACAAGUAGUAAAAUUUAGCAUUUAAAAUGCAUCUAUUAAACAAAAUUAAUAAAUCAAACACUCCAAUAAUUAAAUUUUGUUUUUUGUGAGGCCCUUCUCUUUCAAGGAAAGUAUCAUCAGACCCACAUUGUUUUCAGUUGUAUGGAUCUAUGAUGCUUUUCUUGAAAGCGAAAGGCUUCACAAAAAUAAAAUUUAAUUCUAUUUGUAUGAUUUAAAUUUCUCAAAAAAUCAGUUGUUAUUUCAAGAUUUUGUUCCCAACAAGAUAAAACUAUUAACAACAUUAAAAGUCACAGUUUGCCCCACAAAAAUUGAAAGUAUGUAUUAGCUACAAUAAACAGUACUGAAACUGAAUCAGCUGUAGUUGCCUUCUCGAUCAGCUGAUUCAGUUGUUGAUUGUUGCCACGGCUUCGUGUUCAUUACUUCUUUCUUAUAUGAGGUUAGAUUUUGCUAACAUGGUGCUAACAACGGUAGAGAAAGUUUUUAUCAGAGAGCAUUAUUUUCGCUCAUACGGAAUUGGACGUGCGGGUGGGCCAAGCUUGUCAGACACUACAUUGCGUUUUCAGGAACAUUUUCACAAAAACCCACCUAGUAAUGCUGUAAUUCUUAGUGUUGUUGAAAAAUGUUGAAGAACAGGUAGUGUUUUGACACAGCGAAAGGGCUUUUUAGGUUGCCCAACUACUAUCUAUACAAACGAAAACCACAGAAGAAUGUUGCAGCAAGUGUUACAGUCACCGAAAAGGUGCCUAAUGCGUGCUUCUCUUAAACUAAAUAUUAGCAAUAUUUCAAUGAGAAGAAUGUUCUAAAACAUUGGUGGUUUUCCCUACAGGAUACAAACUGGAGAACCUUUGAACUGUAGAAAUAAACUAGCCAGAGUUCAGUACUAUGCUUCAAAUGUUAGCAAUAUGCUAUGAAGAACCUGAGUUUCUGAGUGAUGUAUGGUUUACAGAUGAAUGUCAUGUGCACCUUAAUGGUUUCAUAAACAAGCAGACAACACAUUUCCUUGGAUUUGAACGUCCUGACAUUGUUGUAGAGAGGCCAUAGGAUAAUAAACAUGUAACCAUUUGGUGCAACAUGUCUAAGAGGGGUAUAGUGGGACCACACUUUAUUGAAGGCAACGAUGGAGAGACUCUUACUGUAAAUCAGUAUCGAUAUAGGGCCAUUCUUGUUUGUUUUGUGAGAAACCUCAGGAGAUUUUGUUGUGCACGAACCUGCCGUUAAAUUCACAGUGUUCCAGCUAGAUGGCGCAACCAGUCACACUGCCGUUAACAACAUUACUUUCCUCCAACAAACCUUUGGCAAUUGUCUCAUCUCCCUUAGAACAAACUUUCCUUACUCAGCCCAUUCCCCUGAUCUUACAACACUGGACGCCUACGUCUGGGGAAUGUUAAAAGAAAACAUUUUCCAUGAGGACCCACCAUCUACCAUCAUUCAACUCAAAGAAAAAAAAUAACCAUAUGUGUUAGGAGAAUGGAAAAACCCCUAUUCAUAAAAAUGAUGCAAAACCUUCAAGAAUGGUACGAGUGUUGCCUCAAACUGAACGGGGCCAUAUUGGACAUGUUAAUAUCCGAGUUUAACCGAUUUUGCUUUUUUUGACUUGUAUUUAUUGGUAAAAUCUAUAUGUAAUGUUACUACUGUGUUUGCCAUAAUAAUAAAAUAUAACCAUUUCAGUACUGUUUAUUUGGAAUAAUACAGUAAUUAUUGAAAAGUUUGAUUUUUAAGUUAACGAAUAAUUAAAAUUUACUAAGCAAGCAGCAUCUGCAAUGUAUCUUUGUUUUAAUAUUUAUGGAUAACUUCAGUAUAUAAUUAAAUGUUUUAGCAUUACAUCAUGACUUCAAAAUGUGUAUGUUUUAGAUUAAUAUAUUAUUAUUUUGAGUAACUUCAUAAAUAUAAGAUUUGUGAAGAACUAAAAUAGUUAAUGAAAAAAAUGUAUAUUAAGGGUACUUUAUUCAAAAUUUAAAACAAAGAAAGUAUAUAUUUAAUUCAGUAAAAAUUCCUUACUUUUAAACUUUUGUCUCAUUGAGAGUAAAACUUGAUGGGGAACUGUGACUUGGUAUAAGACAAUAUAUUUUCUGCUUAAAAACUUAUAUUCUAUAAAAUGUCAGUAGUUGCCUGCAUAUAAAACUUCCAUUACAUACAAUCUCCAUUAUUUGCCCAGACAAUAGUUACACGAGAGUUCAUAUCUAAACUGGUGAAUGUGCCCUGCCAGAAGAGUACAUGUUUAUCAUUUACAACUUUUAUUUCAUUGUUUUUGGAUUGUUGGAAUAAUCUGUAAACGACCACAGAAUGUUAACCCUCAAAUAUAAUAUCAAUAGUUUUAUAGUGUGGCUUGUUAUUUAUUUUGUAUAUAUUAUAUUUUUAAUCAAA